AGUGAAAGUAAGUUCAGUCUCCUCCAUUAGAAGAGGACAGAAGUCCGGAUUCACUCGGGGUCGGUGUCGGCAGUGUUCAGCUGUGUGUGAAUGAAGAAGAGUAAAUGAUGGAUCUUCAGAACUCCAGCAGUGGAGGAGGACCUCCUGUCCUAAAAAUAAACAACCAGGAUAUUUAAUAAAGAGCAGUGUUAAACUGCUGAAAGAGGUGAAGCACAAGCCAUCCAGAAGAAUCUCCUGAAAACGCAGAAAUUGUUUGCUACAUUUCACAGACAGAUGGAGCCAAGUCCCGACAUGGAGAAACAUCAGCACUCUGUCAAGAGUUUUACUAAACAGAGUAAUCUCAAAAAACACCAGCGCAUUCACACAGGAGAGAAACUGUAUCACUGCUCAGACUGUGGAAAGAGUUUUAAUCAACAGGGUAAUCUCAAAAAUCACCAGCGCAUUCACACAGGAGAGAAACCGUAUUACUGUUUCGACUGUGGGAAGAGUUUUACUCAACAGAGUACUCUCAAAAAACACCAGCGCAUUCACACAGGAGAGAAACCGUAUCACUGCUCAGACUGUGGGAAGAGUUUUACUGAACAGAGUAGUCUCAAAAUACACCAGCGCAUUCACACAGGAGAGAAACCGUAUCACUGUUCAGACUGUGGGAAGAUUUUUACUCAACAGAGUACUCUCAAAAAACACCAGCGCAUUCACACAGGAGAGAAACCGUAUCACUGCUCAGACUGUGGGAAGAUUUUUACUACCCAGAGUGAUCUCAAACAACAUCAGCGCAUUCACACAGGAGAGAAACCGUAUCACUGCUCAGACUGUGGGAAGAGUUUUACUAAACAGAGUCAUCUCAAAAUACACCAGCGCAUUCACACAGGAGAGAAACCGUAUUACUGCUCAGACUGUGGGAAGAGUUUUAAUCAACAGGGUCAUCUCAAAAAUCACCAGCGCAUUCACACAGGAGAGAAACCGUAUCACUGCUCCGAUUGUGGGAAGAGUUUUACUAAACAGAGUACUCUCAAAAUACACCAGCGAAUUCACACAGGAGAGAAACCGUAUCACUGCUCAGACUGUGGGAAGAGUUUUACUUUACAGAGUGAACUUAUAUUACAUCAGUGCAUUCACAAAAGAUAGAAAAGUAUCCCAAAUCUGUUCCUCUGCCAUAAAAAAUGCAAACCUUAAAUCUUUCAGACAGCCAAAAACACCUCAUCAUGCACAAAAUCUUCACUCUGUUACAAGAACUUCAUUUAAAAAUGGCUUUUUACAGGUUCAGAAAAAUGAAUCUUAUCCAGAGAUGAUGUUUACUGAAUUUCAUGCUGUGUUUUUAUGUUUGUUUGUAUACCUACAUUAGUUAAUGCCUGCAGAGCUCUUCAACACUUAGUGUUGUGUUUUAAGAAGUUUUUACACACAGAAUCAUAAAUGGUACCACUAACAGCAUAAACUAGGAACAUACAUUUUUACAAUUUUUUCAGUGAUAUGCUGAAUAAAUAGUAAAGCGAUGAUGCUAGCUCAGAGUAAAAUCGUAUAUUAAAUCUCAGCAUUAGCUUUAGAACUAAUAAUAAACAAAAGUGAGGAUUUUAUCAUUCUGGGACAUUUUUAGGUUUAAAAAUUGAAUAUGCUUUGCCAUAAGUAGGAAAUGAUCAUUUGGUCAACUUAUGUCAUUUACAGCCUUAACACAUUCUCAAUUGUUUACAUAUAAAAACUUUCUUUAUUUUUUCCUCCACUCCACGUUUGUAGUUUGUAGUUGGAGCGAGGGCACUGCCAGUGUUUGCUCCAGAUGUUAGAUUAGCAUUACUUAGUCUUUUAAAAUUUAGAUGUCGUAGUUUAAAGGAGUAGAGUAUUCUUAGGAGUAGAGAAUAUUCUUAGCUUGCAACAAAAGGCCAACAAAAUCCUUUUCAGAGUUAAAAAAAACAAAAAAAAAAACGGUCUAGCUGUAGUUUCCAUACUGAAAGCAACACUCAGCAGGCUGUGCUGCAGUAAGACUGCAGGAUCCUUGAUUCCCUCUACUGCACAUGUGUCAAACACAAGGCCCGCGGGCCAAAUGUGGCCAAAUCCAAGCAAGAUCUUAGUGUCUAUAAUAAAUAGGUCAGACGCGUUCUUUGACCAAAAACUACUUUUCCCACAAUGCUUGAUUGUAUUACCCGCGAAGUUACGGCUUACUGCCACUACACGGCAGUGUAGUCAUUGAUGUGGAAACCCUGCCGGAGGGAAGGCGUAACUUCGCGGGUGGAAUUGAGACAUACAAACGUUUAUCCCAUAAUGUCCAGAAAAAGAGAAGCUGAUGCAGACGGACGGCUGUGCUUCAAGGCGAAAGACCGGUAUGCCUUUUAUGUUACGAAGAGUGUUACUGACCAAAAUAAACGCUUUUUAGAAGAGAUAUAAGUUCUGUGUAAAUAUUUAUAAGACAAUAGCUGACAAAAUCUGUUUUAAUGACGUUAAUAAACAUCACUGUGAUAGCGCUAGUCACAGUUUCACCACAGCAAAGGAGGAGCACGUGAAUCACUUAUCUAACCAGCCUUUACUGAUUUCUGCCCCCAAUAACCCUUUCAAUAACCUCUAAUAGACUUUAAUAGUCUUCAGUAGCCUUCAACAGUCUAACCUUGCAGCCGUGGUGUGUUCUAAACUCCGUAGUUAUAAACAUCCUGAGGUUAGCAGCGCGCUAACUGACCUGUUUAUAAUGUAAUCCGAGCAGUGACUCCGUGACGGCUGCUCUAAACUGCUGCUAUUAGCUGCUUGGGCUGAAAGAUGAACUGUAGAGAGCUGUAUUAUUCGGUUAGUGGGGUUAAAAAUCUUUAUUUUCUACACAGAAGAACUUUAAAAACUGUAAAAAUGCUCCAGACUGCCUCAGCUGAGCCCUGUAGCCCGUGGCUGGGCUGUAGCUCUGACUGAGUAAAGACUGCGGGCUUGUGCUGCUGCUGCAGCUCCGACUAGUGGUUGUAUGAGGAACUGCUAAAUCUGAGGAAAUGCCAAAUCUAUCACAUGUUCUUAACAGCUCACACUUUUUAAUUUUAUAUUUAUUAAGCCUUAUUUCAGUAUCAAACGUUUUGAUCAAAGUUAAUGUAACUUGUAUUUUAUGUCAUUUCUAUUCACUUGACUAGUUUGGCUCUUGAUUGAUGGAGUUUUUGGAUUUCAUAACAUGACAAAUUAAAAGGAUUUAUGUUAAUAGAGCAACAAGCAAACAUUUUUUCCAUGCAACUGUAAUAUUUGAUUGAAUAAUUAAUAUAUUGAGAGUUAUUUAACAUUAAGGAGUAAUUACAUUCAUUUUAUAUUACAUUUGGUUACAUUUUAUCACAUUUAUAAGUUCCAUCUGGCCCUCAGUGGACAGCCAAUAUGCCAAUGUGGCCCUCGGCCAAAAUGAGUUUGACACCCCUGCUCUACUGGUUUUCUCAUUGGUCUAUGGUUCAGUCAGUCUGAUUAAAAAUCUGCAAGUUAAUCUACAGGGAUAUUUGGUUGUGUUGUGUUGCUAAAGUUAUAUACUCUGUUAUCUUUUCCUUAUUUGGUAUUGUUUUGCUAAAGGGUUUUUUUUAUAUCUCUAAAGGUACUAAAAAUAUCUAAUCCAUUUACUUUAUUGAUUGUUUUAUCCAGUACCAGCUAUUAUCGUUGUUUUACAUCACCUUAUGUAUUUACUCAUAUUCAUAUCUAUGUGAUUCAAUAAAAGGCUUUUAUAUUGCAA